UGGUCGCAGAGCGGUUUGUGGGCAUACCACAGUCAACAUCAGACUUCUCCCAGUGUAGCCACAAAGUAAACAGCUCAUGACUUCUGAUCAGGACGCUAAGGUCGUGGCUGAACCGCAGGGCCAGCGCGUCCAGGAAGGGAAAGGUGGUGCUCAUCUGAUGAAUGGUCCCAUAUCUCAAACCACUUCUCAGACAAGUUCCAUCCCAACUUUGAGUCAGGUACAAACAGCUAAGGUUUCAGAGCUAAACCCUAAUGCAAAAGUAUGGGGGUCUCAUAUGUUACAUUUGGAAGCAAGUAGUGCAGCGGAUGGCGGUGUGAACACAGCCUGGGAAGAGACGAUUGGCCACAGUGCAGACCACAGCCUGGAUGGAUUGGAUGCUGAUGGUGAUGGUGACAAAAAUCAUGAGAAUGCAGCACUGUCAGAUUUACAAGAGUCAGACCAAACAGCUAUGAACACUUCCACCCUGGAUCACAAAGAAUAUGAAUCUCUGCCUGAAAAUAGUGAAACAGGAGGAAAUGAGUCUCAACCAGAAACCCAGGAAGACCCUCGAGAAGUACUUAAAAAAACAUUGGAAUUCUGCUUAUCUAGGGAGAACCUUGCUAGUGAUAUGUACCUGAUAUCGCAGAUGGAUAGUGAUCAGUAUGUGCCAAUCACAACAGUAGCUAACCUGGACCACAUCAAGAAGCUCAGUACUGACAUGGACUUGAUUGUUGAAGUGCUGAGAUCUUUACCUUUAGUCCAAGUGGAUGAAAAGGGAGAAAAAGUAAGGCCAAAUCAAAAUCGCUGCAUAGUGAUACUACGUGAAAUAUCUGAAUCCACCCCAGUAGAAGAAGUAGAAGCACUAUUUAAAGGUGAUAACUUACCGAAAUUUAUAAACUGUGAAUUUGCCUACAAUGAUAAUUGGUUUAUUACAUUUGAAACAGAAGCUGAUGCACAACAGGCUUACAAGUAUCUGCGAGAAGAAGUCAAAACUUUUCAAGGAAAACCAAUUAAGGCACGGAUAAAAGCAAAGGCAAUAGCUAUAAACACAUUUUUGCCAAAGAAUGGAUUUAGACCUCUGGACAUGAGCCUUUACACACAGCAGCGCUACACAGCGUCAUUCUAUUUACCUCCAGUGUACAGCCCCCAGCAGCAGUUCCCGCUCUACAGCCUGAUUGCCCCCCAGGCAUGGUCAGCGACACACAGCUAUCUUGAUCCACCCCUGGUAACUCCAUUUCCAAAUACUGGAUUCAUAAAUGGAUUUACAUCUCCGACCUUUAAACCGGCAGCAUCUCCUCUUACUUCACUCAGACAGUACCCUCCUAGAAGCAGGAACCCUAGUAAAUCUCAUCUGCGCCAUGCCAUCCCCAGCACAGAGAGAGGGCCUGGGCUCUUAGAAAGUCCUUCCAUAUUUAACUUCACUGCGGAUCGGUUAAUUAACGGUGUCCGGAGCCCACAAACCAGGCAGACAGGUCAAACUAGAACCCGAAUACAGAACCCUCCCACCUACGCCAAGAGAGAUGUGGGGCCCGGGCGUGUGGAGCCGACCAGUCUCGAGUCCUCUCCUGGUUUAGGCAGAGGAAGGAAAAAUUCUUUUGGUUAUCGGAAGAAAAGAGAGGAGAAGUUUACAAGGAGUCAAACUCAGUCUCCAACACCACCAAAGCCUCCGUCCCCAAGCUUCGAGUUAGGGCUGUCCAACUUCCCCCCACUGCCUGGGGCUGCAGGCCAUUUGAAGACAGAGGACUUGUUUGAAAACAGGCUGUCUAGCUUGCUAAUAGGAUCAUCAAAAGAAAGGAGCUUAAAUGCGGAUGCAGGCACGAACACUAUUCCCACAGUCAGCCCUAGAGAACCCUCAGCACCGGCUUCCUGUGCUGUGUCAGCGACCUUCGAACGUUCCCCUUCCCCAGCCCACUUACCAGAGGAUCCCAAGGUGGUGGAGAAGCAGAGGGAAACCCCAAGCGUGGACAGACUUCCUACUACCCUAACAACAACUGCGAGUAAAUCAGUGCAAGUAAACGGCGCAGCCACGGAACUGCGAAAACCCAGCUACGCAGAGAUUUGUCAGAGGACGAGUAGAGAGCCUCCUUCAUCCCCGUUGCAACCUCAGAAAGAACAGAAGCCAAACACUGUCAGUUGUGGGAAGGAAGAAAAGAAGGUCGUCGAGAGAGACCCCCCCAUCCCCAAGUCCAACAAUGGACCCCCCAGAGACCAGAGGAGGCCACCAGGCCGCCGGCCCUCACCCCCUGCCACAGGAAAGCGUUCACACAGAGAACAGAGUCCCCCUCCCAAGUCUCCUCAGUGAGAGUGAGGUCUGGGAGGGAGGUAAGGAGCUGAGGCCACCGCAAGGUGCUGCCCACUCGGUACCAAGAAUGAGCCGCUGGUUAGGAGCUUGCAGUGCAGACGGGGCCCAUGAGAGGCCUGUAGUUAUUUUUCUUCUAUGAGUCGGAUUUCCCCCCUCUUGAAAAAAAUCUAUUUUUCAGGAUUUAAUUAAUAUAAACCUUAUUUUAGGUUGGUGCUUAACUGGAGGUGAUGCAUAAGUCUGAUUUUUUUCAGGAUAGAAAAUGCAUUUAUCCUAACAAAUUGAUAUUUUUUAUUAAGCCUCCAUGUGGCUAUGAAUGCAAGCUAUAUAUAGUGAGUUUUUCUAAAUUAAGUGGAACUAUGCUACUUCAUUUUUUUAAAAAAAAAAACUGGUUAGCAAGUGCAUAACUCUAAAAUGUCCAGAUGGACACUGAGGGCUGAUGACAGCAGGUUGGGGGUGAAAUGUGGCCUGGAGAAGCAAUGGUCAGAUGGCUCAGCACACUGACAAGGGAGUUACACUUUCAUUCAGAAUCUUUAUUGGGAUUCUUGGAUUUGUUUAAAAAGUGUAGCCCGUUUUUGAUCUAGUGGGCAAUAUGAACCUGCAGAGAGCACCCUAGAGAGACCUAAAGCCUGAGUUUGAUGUACUGCAAGCAAAUAACCAGCUUCUCACUCCAAUUUCAAGUGGCUGUUAUGUGAUAUGAAUUCAAAGCACAUUGUGAAUAGAACCUAAAUGAAACAUAAACUUUGUUGCCCACUGAUAUGUUAUGGCAGAAUUGUGCCCUGAUGCUGUCUUGCUCCCGAACUGGUAGGGAGAGAGGGGAGCCUGCCCCAGCUCCCUUGCAUCCCCCACACCUCCACAUCACACACGGAUCUAAGCGUUUUUAGUCGUGAGAGAAUGGUGUUUGUGGUGGAGGAUAAAAGUUCCUGCUCUUACCUCCAAGACUAGGGUCUUGCUGAUUCCCUCUGGGAGUGCUGCACUCUAAAGAAGUGUGCACUAAAGCUAGCAGUUUAUGAAAGUUAGAUGUAAAUUAUUUUGUUUUAAAUUUCCUAAAUUUUUUUCUUUAAAUAUUCUAAGCAGCAGACAUUAAAAUAAGAAUAUUUACUGCUAAAUGUAACCAUACAGUUUAUUCCACAAAAUGUUAUUUAACAAGACUGAGGUUUUUGUUAUUGUUUUUGUUUUUUUUUUUUUUUAAAAUUAUUUCCAUCCAAUAUUUAAAGACUUGAAUUUUAUUUAAACUUGAAAAUGACUUUGCCUUAACUUUUGUAUAAGACAGCUUAGAGUUCAUGGAGCCCGGCCCCUGGGUUGGCACAAGUGGAUUACAGUUACUCAGUUAGGUGGGAUCUGCUGUCGCUAGUUUUACUGAGUAAGCGUACUGUAGUACAAGAACUAGCAGUAGUGUUUGUAAUAUACCUUGAAGAUCUUAAGCAGUUGAUCUUUUUCAGAUUCUUGAAAAAUCCUGUAAAUGCAAAUAGUCAAUACUGUAUUAAAUAUGUGCACUUGGGAGUGUGUGCUUUGCUUGUACAGUUGUAAAUAAUCAGAACAUAUUAAAAAGGUACCCUAAAGAGAAAAAUCUGAUAAAAAUUAUUGAUAUAUUAUAAAUGUUGCUAUUGAGCUGGAUGUAGAUAAACUAAAUGUUGUGGUUUGAAUAUUAUUUUAAUUUGUUGAGGUUUUUUUUUUUUUCCUCUUUCUCUUAUACUGGUGUGUUGAACUGAUUCUGCCUCUUUGCUGCUGCAAAAGGGAAUAGAAAGUCUUAUUAAAGCCUUCAGAUGUUUUCAUGCUCUUUUUAAAGUAUGUAAAUAUGUACUAAUCAUAUCUAAUGUGAAAGGGUUUUUGAAGUAUAAUAUAGAAAGCAGAAACUGGCAGGAUCUUCAAGUGAAAGUUAAAAAUAAUCUACUACUUAAAAUCAUAAAUAGUUAAGCAUGAUUUACCCUGCCAGAGGAAAACAUGCCUUGUUGCAUUUGACAUUUCCUUCAGAGCAGUUGUCAUUAUUCAGAUAUCUAGAAAUACACACAGUGCUAAUAUUUUGCAAAUGCCUGUAAAAGAAAAAUGGGAAUUUAUUUCUUUGUAAUUGUCAGAUGCUGACUUAAAAAAAAAUCAAAAAUAAUUGACCUCUUACUCCCAAACUAACGGAUACUAUGGAAAGAGUUGGCAAGCCCUAAGCCCUGGGAAUUCCUAAAUGUUGCAGUCUUUGCUAGAGGGAGUGGGUACUGUGAGCCGUCUUCUCCAGGUCACAAACCCUGUGGAGCUGAGACACUGGUUUCUAAUGCUGACCAAUCCCUCCCCCAUAGGUGGUAUACUAGAGCCAGCUGCAACUAUGUGCUGUUUACCAGCAGGUGUAGGCGGAGGAAAGUGGUCACCUGAGAUGUAUCAGGGCAUAGCCCCAAUGUGGCAGGCACAUGGGGCCAGCAGGUGUGCUGCAAGCACUUCCGCUUCUGCUGCCUGCAGCUGGCUCCACGUGCUACAUCUAUCUAUGUCCCUGCAGUCAGGCUGUUGCAUCAAGAGUUAAAACCUUGCUCUGAUAUGAUUUUUAUAGCAUCCUUUUUAAUUAAGCAAAGGUAAUAGACCAGAUAGUUAUAUAAUGUUUAAAACAAACAUAAAAGCCUUUCUGAUGUUAGAGAUUUCCCACUCACAGAAAAGAAUGGGAGGUGCACAGCAGGAAGCUGUGGUGGCAGGCGCUCACAGACAGUGCCACAUGCAGCCAAUAGUAUUAAUUUUAAAAUGUAAGUCUUUCCUGUCCCCAGCAGUAUCUCAAGGCAUAGAAUCAGAGAUACAGUGAUCACAAAUGGCGUUUUAACUUGUACAAUUGUGUGAUGAUACUUAACACUUGGAAAUAUGAGUCCGGCCCUGUUUCACCAGACAUGAAUUUCAAGUAGAGUAGUUGCUUUUUAAGAGCUAGUGUCAUGACGUUUCUGAUCAGGCCCUCUUGUAACCCCUCCCUGCUUGUCACCAGCAGGUGGCAAGAAAUAUGUUAUGUUGCUGUAUUAGUCGGGAUCUCUGCCAUUUCCAUUUAAACCCUGGCUCGUUUUCUCACGGGCACUAGGUGAGGAGAGGGCAAGCCUGUCUGUCUCUGCCAUCAGUGACUGAAUUUGGGGUUUGUGCGCUUCAGAGCCUGUUACACAGAGAGCAGCAGACAAUCAAGACGGAGCAGAGCCAGCGGCUGCCAGUUCACAGACACAAGUGUAAUGUGGAAAGCUUCUUGAGGGCUUUUGUUUUUGUUCUACUUCUUUUCAUUAAGACUGGAAUCAAGCUUAUGUGUAAACUAUUGGUAAUUUAAGUUUCAUUUUGUGUCAUUCAGUGUAAAACUGUCUAAUUUGAAAAAUGUAGGUUAUGAAAAAUAAAGAUUUAGGCACU